UAUCUUAUAUCAUGUCGCUCUCCAACGACCCAGGCCAUUACUUCCAAACGACCUCGGCACUUGAGGAGACGGCUCGCAAGGCUGUCAAGUCGAAGAACACAAAGGGCAACCCCACCAAGCUUCCAUCCAAGAUCCUCGCCAUCAUCGCGGAUCCUCAGGAUGAGCACCAUGUCUACGUAGCUGAAGCUGCAGGCAGCGUGAAGCAUAUCAAUAUUGAAACUAGCAAAGUCAUUGCUACUUUUUCCGGCCCCACGGCUCCCCUGACCUCUAUCGCCGUGUCACCAAAGUCCGGUACGCUGUUCGCGGGCUGCUGGGACAAGUCGAUAUGGUCGUGGUCACUCUCAUCUCGGAAAGCGUCCACCCGCUUUCAAGGCCACAGUGAUUUCGUCAAGGCUAUCAUAUCCUUUACUUUGAAUGGCAAGGAAGUUCUCGUUUCAGCCUCUCAGGAUGCGAGCAUCAUAGUGUGGGACGUAGCUGCAGGAAAGAAACUACAUACACUUAAAGGACACACACGGGGUAUCCUCGCUCUUGCGCUGGACCCGGUUGAUUACGAACCUGGGAAAGACGCCAUCACGGUCUUCAGUGCCGGAAGCGAUCGAGAAAUCAGACGUUGGCAGAUUGCAUCUUCCUCGGCUCAUGAAAUCCAGCCGUCACCAAUCAUUUCCCACGAGACCAGUAUCGACGCUCUGUGUUUCGACACUGACGGUGAUCUAUGGACCGCAUCAGCAGACAAGACGGCAAAAUGUCUAUCUAGAGGCCGAGAUUGGGAAGAAGAUUCCAAGUUUGAACACCCGGACUUUGUUCGCGACGUCGUGAUUGACGAAGCUGGCGGGUGGAUCGUGACUGCAUGCAGAGACGAAGAAGUCCGUGUAUGGGAGAGAGCUAGCGGCAGGUUGCACCAUACCUUUAGUGGGCACUUUGAAGAGGUCACAGGACUUCUCUUGAUGGGACAGCGUCUAAUCAGCGUCAGUAUCGACGCCACAGUGAGACAGUGGAGCCUGAAGCCACAAGACCUUGCCAAGUCCAUUGAGGAAGCUGAGAAGGAACGACUUGGAGAAGAGACAGCAAAGGAGCCAGAGCGAAAAGAGAGUCUAUUGACCGUGGAAGAAGAAGCGGAGCUCGCUGAGCUCUUGGAAGAUAGCGAUUAGACAUCGACUAGCGAGCCGACGACCGGACAUGCGUUACCAAGGUUUGCUGGGAAAUUUCGAUCCCAUUUGUCCGGUCGGGCCCCUCUAGGUAAAUUUCGAAGCGAGAUGACUGGCUGAGACAGUCAUGUUCCCUCCCACACUCCGGCGGUGACUAGCUCAAGGAUGAACUUGUCUAGCUUUGCAACUGUAGCUUAGGCUACACACCUUCCAUCUUUACGAGGGAUUCUCGGUCUACGAGAAGCAUCAAGGUCGCCCUGCUCACAGCUCAAUUUUAGCGCCAAUGUUCGUCCUGGGUCUGGAGACAGUUUAUCUGUCCUCACGCUGGUCGUCUGAUGCCGGAUGUGGAACGGAAUCAUGGUUGACUUCCCUGUCUCUAUGAAGAGAAGCUUGGUAU